AUGCUCACUGCGUAUUUUGCUGCAAACGCCAAAUAUGAAGAAGCAAGGGAGCUUACGUACAUUCAGUUUCCAUCCCGGUUUGUCUACCACAGUGACAUAAAAGAAUGGACACCACGGAAGCAGGGUACAGCAAUAGGUCAAGUCCCCAAUGUCCACCCAGCUGCAGGCGACUUAUACUACCAUAGAAUCAUCGUCAAUAUUGUUAAAGGAGCACUUGGUUUUGAACACCUCGCCACUGUAGGCACUACAACAUUUGAGGAGUAUCGGGAUGCAUGCUAUGCGCUUGGCUUAUUGGACGACGAUAAUGAAUGGCAUGAUGCUAUAGUUGAGCCAUCUUUCUGGGCAACAGGUCGUCAGCUAAGGAGGUUAUUCAUCACGGUCUUGAUCUACUGUGAGGUUGGAAACCCUCUCAAGCUUUGGAAUCAUGUGUGGAACAUCUUGGCUGAGGAUAUUUUGUAUAUGAAACAGAGGGAAUUUCAUUUUCCAGGCUUGAUUCUACAGGACGAGGAGUUGAAGCAGUAUACAUUAAUGGAGAUAGAAAGACUCCUCAAAGAGAAUGAUAAAUCACUGGCUGAUUUCCCUGGCAUGCCAAAACCAAAUACCAGUGUUCUUCAGGAGAUAUCAAACACAGUUCUCCGGCAUGAGCUCAACUAUGACACGGAAAAAGAAGCUGCAGAGCAUGACAAACUUUUUACCACGAUGAAUGAGGACCUGAAAAGCAUCUACACCUCUGUUAUAGAUUCUGUCAACAACAAAUCUGGCCAGUUGUUCUUUGUUUAUGGGGCUGGGGGAACCGGGAAGACUUUUUUAUACAGAACUAUUAUUGCAAAACUUCGAUCAGUUGGUAAAGUGGUGAUACCAGUGGCGUCAGCUGGGAUUGCAGCAUUGUUAUUACCAGGAGGAAGAACAGCGCACUCCCGCUUCAAGCUUCCUCUCAAAUUGAGCGAAACAUCUCUCUGUGAGAUUAAAUAUGGUUCUAUGUUGGCAAAUCUGAUCUCCAAAGCAGACUUGAUCAUAUGGGACGAGGCUCCUAUGGCUCACCGUCAAACGUUUGAAACGUUGGACCACACACUUAGAGACCUACAAGCUAUGGAGGAUUCAGCAGCUGCUGAUAAACCUUUUGGUGGAAAGACAAAUCUUCUUGGGGGGGAUUUCAGACAGAUUUUGCCUGUUAUAACUCAGGGUUCUGUGUUUCAAAAAAAAAAUUCAGAGUUCUAG